GGUGGCGUGACUUGAAAUAUCCUCCUCACACUUCCGAUCUCGUUACACUCCGACUGGAACCUGAUUAAAGACUUAUCAUUAGCUACUACAGGAGAGCUGAUAAAACACACUUCCUCACAUAACUGACUUACUUUUGCUUAUCGAGUCCAGUGCAAUGAGAGCAUUGACAUACAUUAGCCCGAACCACCCCCCAGCUUUGGUGGAGGUACCGAAACCAGGGCUCGAAAAAGCAACAGAUGCUAUUGUGAAGCUCAAAUACACUACCAUCUGCGGGACAGACUUGCACAUCCUCAAAGGCGACGUUCCAACUGUAUCCAAAGGCCGCGUCCUGGGCCAUGAAGGUGUCGGUACGAUAGAAGCAGUUGGUGCAGGAGUAUCGUCCUUUAAGCCGGGAGAUACUGUACUCAUCAGCUGCAUCAGUGCAUGUGGGACAUGUGACUACUGCAAGAGGGGCAUGAAUUCGCACUGCAAUAAUGGCGGUUGGAAACUUGGAAACACAAUCGACGGCACGCAGGCAGAGUUUGUGCGGAUUCCAAACGCAGAGAACAGCCUCUACGAAGCACCCGACGGCAUUGAUGAGAAGGUCCUUGUUCUGUUGUCCGAUAUCUUCCCCACUGGCUUCGAGUGCGGUGUCCUGAAUGGAAAGGUUUCGCCAGGUGGAACGGUUGUGAUUGUGGGAUCAGGGCCUGUGGGCCUGGCGAGCUUGAUCACUGCGCAGUUCUACUCACCAAUUGUCAUUGUCAUGGUUGAUGGAGAUCCGCAUAGAUUGGAGAUUGCGAAGAAUUUGGGUGCGACGCACACGGCGAGCGUAGAAGAUGCAGCAGAAGUUGUGAAAGCGGCCACUAAUGGCAAGGGGUGUGACACUGUGAUCGAAGCUGUGGGUGUUCCAGCGAGCUUCCACCAAUGUCAAGAGUUAGUUGCACCGGGUGGCGUUAUUGCGAAUGUAGGUGUGCAUGGUGUGAAAGUAAAUUUGCAUUUAGAGAACUUGUGGGAUAAGAACAUUGCUAUAACGACAAGGCUUGUUGACACUACAACCACGCCUAUGCUGCUCAAGCUCCUCUCGGCGCACAAGUUGCCCACGGAGAAGAUAAUUACGCAUGAGUUCAGCUUCGAGAAAAUAGUGCAGGCAUAUGAAAUUUUCGGCAACGCGAGCUAUAAUAAGGCGCUGAAAGUAUUGAUUAGCUUUUGACAUUGUAAAGAAUCUUGUGAGCUGUCAAUUCCUCCGUCUAGUGCUACACACAGUACCACAAGCAAUGCACAACUAUUCCCAU